AAUUAUAUUGAGAAAACGCGCUGAUGUUUUCCAAAUAUAAAAGCAGGUUCUUUCAGAGAGAAACGCGUCUUUAAAAUAGGUGAGUAGCAAUAAAUAAAACUGGAAUAGCGAAUAGGUUUGUGAGACAAUAAAAAAAUGUAAAAGCUUUGAUUAAGCUCUCUACUAACAAUAUCUAUCAAGGAUUACGAGACCAUGGGAGUAGCUGUUGGAAUAUUUUAGUUGUGCCUGGAAUGUGCACAUUUGAGAGUGUUAAGCUCUCACAGUUCUCCACAUCACGAAAAUUGGUCGACAGCAGAUAUGAACGCAUCGGUUUUACCAAAUUCCCGUCUGUGAGCCUCAAAGUCGGCGCUUUUUUCAUCCCUUUCGGCAGUGCUCUCUGUGCAAUCGAGUUGUAAAGACGUUCAACCGAGGAAAACGACCAAAACGGUGCUUUCGGAAUUAAUAUUUAUGGAGUAAUAGAACUGCUGUCAUAAAGUUGAGUUUCUUUCAGUGAUUUAAAAACCAUUUUUUUAAGGUUGUUGACAACAAAAUAUAUUGGAAACUAUGUAUAUGUAUGAACUUUAGUGAUUCAGUGAAUCAAUAACUUCUUCGAGGGGUUAAUGGAUACCAGUGUAACCAAGUUAAGACAAUCAAUCUUUCACUACGAAUAAUAAUGACACAAGAUAACAACAUACCAAAUAUUAUGAGUGUUUGAAGAAUAUCUUAUGGUCAUUAAUCCUAUUUUAGUGUGAGCAAAAUAAAAACACUCACAGGUUAAAUAGAAAGGGGUUGUGAACUACCGCUUUACAUGAAAUACCAAGAAAAGGAAAUUUAAGCCAACAAAACAAUCAAAAAGUUUUACUUCUACAUGCAUACUUGUUCCACCCAAAAUAGAAAUGUACUUUAUAACGUUAAGAAGCUGUUUUAACAGCAGUUCGACAAAAAAAAACUAUACUGGUCACUCCCCACCAAAGUACACAUUGCGAUUCAAUAAACUUAAAAAUUAAUUAAAUCUGUAAUCAAAUCAUAUUCCAUGAAGAGUAUACCAUAUAAAUAAAUCAUGAGCUCAACUGUCCCAAGGCUACAUAAGUCUCAACAUAAUCAACAAUUUCAUCGACGAGUAUUUGGCAAAUUGUUAAAUGAUAAAGGUUAUAGCAGGCAAAAUCUAAUGGAGUUGACCUUACAUGAAAAAUCGGGAACAUGUACUAUUUACAAGUAUGGCCGGGGGUUACAAAAGUGGAAUUGUGCUAGCAGGACAUCAGGAGAUAGGAUUGUCAGCUCUCUUGAUAAAUCAAUGCUGCUAAGACCGAAGCGUAGACUAAUUUUCUGGAGGUUGGGCGUUAAUUACAGCAUAAUGACAGAUUCAAUACAUACGAUAAUAUUAUUGUUUGCUGUUAUAAUGACUGUUGUCAUAUCGGAAAACACUGUUUUAGCAUCGCAACGAGAUUCCGUUAAACAAAAAAAUUCGAACAACCUGAGUAGUAAUUUGCCUACGGGAAGCGUGACCGAUACCAAUAGUAACUUUGAUAGCAUUAACGAAGGCAACACCAUUAGGUCUAAGGACAAUGCGAGCAGCGGUAAUCCUUCUAUAAAUGUUUCUUUAGCUGCGGCUGAUAUACGUAAUAAGGCCAGUUAUGCAACAUUGUCACCGAUCAGUUCUAGUACCACUCUCGUAACUGUAGGAAUAUCUACUACAGUAAGCAAUUCGUUAUAUAAUGGUAGUGUGCAGAAGAACACUACCACAUACUAUUCUGGGCCAUCCAUAGUCAAUCGGAAUGUGAUUGAAGUAACAGAAGAUACUCGUAAUGGACCGUACUUUGACAAAGCUGCAUCGAAAAAUAUUACGGCACUACUUGGGAAAACUGCAUAUUUAAAUUGCAGAGUGAAAAACCUAGGAAACAAAACCAUGCUUCUUCAAGUUUCUUGGGUGCGGCACCGAGACAUCCAUUUGCUGACUGUUGGGCGAUAUACGUACACAUCAGAUCAGCGCUUUCGUGCUAUUCAUCAGCCACAAACCGAAGACUGGAUUUUGCAAAUUAAAUAUCCUCAACAUCGAGAUUCUGGUAUAUAUGAAUGUCAAGUAUCUACCACGCCACAUAUGAGCCAUUAUAUUCACUUGAAUGUUGUUGAACCUUCUACGGAGAUAAUUGGCGCUCCGGAUCUUUAUAUUGAGAGUGGUUCUACAAUAAAUUUAACUUGUGUAAUAUUGAAUUCUCCCGAGCCGCCUGCUUACAUAUUUUGGAAUCAUAACAACGCUAUUAUCAACUACGACUCUCCUCGUGGUGGUGUCUCGGUAGUAACAAAUAAAGGGGAAACUACAACUUCCUUUCUGCUAAUAAAAUCUGCACGGCCUUCAGAUUCCGGACAUUAUCAGUGCAACCCAUCAAAUGCAAAACCAAAAAGUGUCACGGUUCAUGUGCUGAAUGGUGUUUCUCAUUCCGUUUCCAGGGGAGUUCCCAGCAGCAAUGCAGCGCGCGGGACCAGUAUAUCUUCGAAUGUCCCAAAGUCGUUAUCUCCUAGUGUACAUGUCAAUGUACUUAUGUACCUUAGUAUAUGUCAAGUGGUAUAUGCAAACAUUGGCAGCAGUUGGGAUCAAGAUGGCAGGCAUUUAAAGCAACUUGUGGUGUGGGUUCUAAACUUACUCGUGUUGCUGGCAACCGAGGUGCUCGGAAAACAAGUUAAAAGAAGAAAGUUUGGAAUGAUUCGUAACUGCGGCUGUUAUUUCACUGAUAUACAACUUAAACGAAAUGUACAGCUACAACAGUCAAUCUCAGAUAACAAUAGCGAUAACGGAGAGGUAACCUUACGAAAUUUAGUUUAUAAAACUACUAUUUUUAAUUCGAUGAAACACUUCAACGAUGUACAAAUAAUGUUCGAUAGACUUAUAUUCGAACCGGACAUUAGGUGAGUGCAUUUCAAAGAAAUGCCUUUUACUGGUUCUAGCCAUGUUACGGAGCGAGUGGGCAGGGUAAUGGUGAAUCAAACUCAAACAAUCCGCACUAAACUUAACUAAAGUGAGUUUUAUAAUGAUAAUAAUAUCCUUCGCAUUUUUUGGUAUUAUGUGUAUUGUAUAUUUUGAGAAUUUACUUCCGUUGGGUUUCCAACUAAAAGCGAAACUGGACUUUUUUGUAAUCGAGUAAAAGUAUUAGGUAAACUUGAGUAUUUGUAAAGUUAAUUGUAAGAAAUAUUGUAAAUAAAAAUAAAAUAAUAUCUUAAACAAUAAUGAAAUAAAAAAUAAUAAUUAAGCGAAAAUAAAUCGUUUCAAGGUAGAUUACGGAAGAAUAAAAUUCUAAAUUACUAAAAAACUAUGAACUAAUAAAGUUAGAGAAAAUUAUAAAGUAAAGAAAAGAAACAUAAUUAUUAUAUGCUAAGUAUACAUUUAAAACUAUCCAUAGCAGAGAACUCAAAUUUGCUUGGUACACAGCAUUUUUAUUUUCCUAAUUAAUGUGCUAGUUUGCUUUAAGUAUACAAGUUAAAUUUUUAAUUUUUACAUAUUAAUAAAGCCAUUUUGCGAUUUUAUAACUGGUGCAUGCUUAUUUUUUCGAUUAUACAGUUGUUAAAUCUUUGGAGUUGCGCAUACUAUCCAUAUGUUCUCUACUUGUUUAAACAUAUUCUACAGUUAUAUAAUAGCCUAGAAGAGUAUGAGAUAUUAAAUUAUUUAUCAAAACGGUUAACUUGUUAAAGGGAAUAAAACCGGUUGCUUACCGAAGGUUUUCCGAAACAGCAAAAGGUCAUUCAGUAAAUAUUCCCAUUCCAAAUGUACCUAGCUUAAGCGCAAUAGCCAACAUUGCGACAGUACUUUUUUAUUUUAAAAUUAAAAAUCGUAGUUUUAAUGUUAUUUAUUACAUUUAAGUUGAUUCGAAUUUCUUUGGAAGAUGAAAUAUUACAAAGUUUAAUACUAAUGUUGUAUAUCGUUUCCGGAACCAGAAACCGUUGCGCAAAUUUGUUUCAACAAUUAGUGUACAUUUUUGGACACUGUAUUAAGGUACUUUCUCGCGAGGUUAAUAUGUGUUCUGAAUUUGAGAUUCCCUAUUUACGGUUAAUAGGCUCGAAAAAAAAUUACUUUGCGGCGCUUUUUACUAACAGGUUAAUAGCACACGCCCAUGUAUAUGUUUUAUGUGUAUGUGUAUAUACCAAUGUUUAUGAUGUUUCUUAUUGGAUUUUAAAUCAAAUCACGGGUCAAAUUUCAUUAGAAAAUUUUAUCUCUAGUUGGUUCCAGAAAGACAUUUUUAGUUGGUCUGAUAUUCACAUAAAAUAAAUAACCUUUAAAUAUCCAACUAUAAUUAUGUUUAAAGAGGUUUUGCUUACACAUGGUAAUGCGUUCAUGUUGUGGUAAAGUACUCAUUCAUAUUCGAACAUGUUUUUGGGUUCGAGUUUAACAAUCAAGUUACUAUAUUAAUCAAUUAAGUAUUUUAAGAGACCACGCAGACACGUCGCAUGCCUGGUUGAAAGGCCUUUUGUUUAUGUAUGUUUUCAUAUAUUUACAUUUUAUUUUGUAUCGAAAAUUUGGUAUUUUUUCGAUAGCUUUACCUAAAUUUCGACAAUGAAUUCAAAAACAUUUAAAAUUUCGGUUUAUAUGUAAUCACAACAAUUAUCGCAAAUAUCAGAAGUACAGAGCAACGUCUGAGAUUGUCGAUUCUGCCGAGAUUGCUUUUAUACAUAUAUACGUAUGUAUAUAGUUGAAUAAAGUACUGAAUUAAACCCUUUGUACAUUUGGAAUAAGGUACCUUAAAAAUAUAUAAAAAUAUAUAUGUAAAUAAAUAUGUAUGUAUUAAAUAAUGUUACAGUUAUAAAUAUACCAGUCAGUCACACCUAUAAGUUAAAUUUAAUGCAACAAAUUAGAUUAAAGAAAAGUGUUCUCAAGGUACAUCUGAAAGUGUAGCCUAGCGAGAAAACGAAUAAGCUUAAGUUGAUUUAUCUGCACAUGCUGUUGUACAUAUAUGUAGGUAUAUGUAUGUAUGAAGUUGUUUGUUCAAAUUUAUCGGGUGGACUGCAUAACAAAGAGAAAAUUUAAAAGUAAACAAAUUACACAUAACAUAAAUUAAUCACUGUUAUUCCAUUUAUUUUUGAAAUUUAACCAUUACCCCAUCAGAAAGACAUUCCAUAGGUGAGGCAUUCUCUGGAAAAAAAUCCACUUGAAAAAAAAAGUUCUUUAUUUUCUUUUCAAUGAUAUAUCUUAUAGUAUAUGAAAAACCUAAAAUAAAACAUAUGCUGUUAGGUUUGUGUAACGCGGGGUUGCCAUGCUGUAAGGGGCCAAAGUUUUUUGUAAAAAAGUUUUCGAACCGCCAUAACUUUAAAACUAAUGAACAGAUUUUAAAACACCAUGUGACUUUUUUGUACAGAAUUUCUCAAAAUUUAAAACUGUAUAUCGUAAAAAUUUUUAAAAUUAAUAUUUCAUAGCAAAAAAAGAAAUUUUUUUUUUUUGGAUUUUUAACCCUUUAUGCCCCCUUCGAUUUUUUUCGAAAAUAUCUUAAAAUGUUCCUUAUUUCAUCACCAUUUUACCCCUAAAGAAAAUUUUGGGACAGCAAUAUUUGUAUGAGCUACAAAUAAAAAACCAACUCAGAACAUGGUGAAAAAUCAUUGAUUUAUGCACUAUUAUUAUCUGCAAUUAGCGUAACCCAGGAUUAACGACGUGGACGUAGCAGACAAUCUAUUAUUAGUCAAAAAAUAAAAAAAAACAAAAAGGGAUUAAAUGUCUGCUACGUGCACGUCGUUAGUCCUGGGUUACGCUAAUUGCAGAUAAUAAUAGUGCAUAAAUCAAUGAUUUUUCACCAUGUUCUGAGUUGGUUUUUUAUUUGUAGCUCAUACAAAUAUUGCUGUCCCAAAAUUUCCUUUGGAGGGUAAAAAGGUGAUGAAAUAAGGAACAUUUUAAGAUAAUUUCGAAAAAAAUCGAAGGGGGCAAAAAGGGUUAAAAAUUCAAAAAAAAAAAAUUUUUUUAAAAUUUUUUGCUAUGAAAUAUUAUUUUUACGAUAUACAGUUUUAAAGUUUGAGAUAUUCUGUACAAAAAAGUCACAUGGUGUUUUAAAAUCUGUUCAUUAGUUUUAAAGUUAUGGCGGUUCGAAAAUUUUUUUACAAAAAACUUUGGCCCCUUACAGUGUGACAACCCCGCGUUACACAGACCUAACAGCAUAUGUUUUAUUUUAGGUUUUACAUAUACUAUAAGAUAUAUCAUUGCCAAAGAAAAUAAAGAACUUUUUUUUCAAGUGGCUUUUUUUCCAGAGAAUGCCUCAGGUGACAGAAUAAAUGAAUCUACAAGUAAUAACUGAAUAAUGAGCUAAAAAUAAAUAGAAAAUGGAAAGAUACAAAAAACAAAGUUGAAUGUUAAAAUUAAAAAAGAAUCUAAUAAAUAAAUAAAGUUAUAUAAAAAAUCACAUAAAAUUCUCAAAAUAAAUAAAGUAACUACCCUUAGUUGAAGUGAGAUAACACCGAAAUCCGUAGUCAUGUAUGGUAAACAAUGGGAAGUUAUAUGAAUGCAAUGAUUAAAAAUCAUCACAUUCAUAAUGAAAUACUGUAAAAAACUACAAAUACUAUAGUAUUAAAUGAAUUUUAAAGCAAAAAU